CAGCGCCGCCGCCGGCCAGCUCCUCAGACCCGCUUCCGCGGAAGAGCGACGCCUCGAAGCUUCUCCUCCGUCCCCCCCGCCCCACUACUCGAUUGUCUCGGAGCGGACGGGAGAUCCAAUCCGUUCGAGGCUCGAUUCGGGUCCUCGAGAUCCCAAGCUUGUUUUGCAGGAAUUUUAGGGGGGUUUAGCUGAACCCCCGCGCCAUGGAACCAGGCGAUACCAAAUUUGAUGCAUCGCAGUAUGCUUUCUUUGGUAAUAAUGUCUUGGAAGAGGUUGAGCUAGGUGGAUUGGAUGAGGAGGAUGCUGGUGACAAUGCUUUCGUUGAGGCAGGUGAAGAAGAAUACGCUCCUACAUAUGGAAGGGAUACAUUGGAGGAUGAAGGUGUAAGUUCAUUUACUGGUGUUGAUGAUCUUGCCGGAGCAUUCUCAAAGCUGAACAGAACUGUUAACGAACCAAAGCAACCAGGAAUAGUUAGCCGUGGGGGUUCGUUAUCUGGACAAAGCUCUACUGCAGACUGGGCACGAGAACCUGAAUCAUCAUACUGGCCUACACAACCUUCACUGGACGCUGAACAACGGCUGGACAACAAAAACUGGUGGUCUCAACCAUCCCAUCCAGCUCACUUUGCUGAUUCCAGACUUCAGAGGACAUCCUCAUCCCCACAACAAGAUGCUCAGUACAAUGCUAUUGAACCUAUUCUCGGACCAAGGCCAUCUCCUUUGCACAGAAUGUCAUCAUACCCCCACCAAGAGCCUCAAUACAAUAAUGCUGAACCGAUUCAUGGGAAUGGUAGCAGGUAUACACCAGCUUUGAUGCAGCAUCCAAAUGGAUUUAUACCGCCUCAAAUGCCGCCACCCCGUCAACAAAAUGGAAUGCUUCCAAUUCAACACUCUCCACCCCAGUUCUCACAACUACAUGCCCAGAUGCUUGGUCGCCAACAUCACCCGCCACAAAAUCUGCAGAUGUUUGGUCCUCGGCAUCCUCCACCACAAAUGAUGGGUAGAUUCGACCCAAAUUUUGAUAUGCCUGACUUGAGCGACCCCAGAGCAAGAUCAAUGUUACACCAUGGAAGGCACGGCCCACGUUAUCCUCCCCAAGGUUUCGAUCCUAGCAAUAUGAGAAUGGAUAAUAGGUGGCAGCGGUUCAGAUCCAGGUACAUGUCCACUGAAGAAAUUGAGAACAUAGCAAGGAUACAGAAAGCAGCCACUCAGAUCACUGAUCCAUAUAUUGAUGAUUACUAUCAUCAAGCUUGUUUGGCUACAAAAUCAGCGGGAGCACAACUGAGGCACCACUUCUGUCCAACUUUGAUCAGAGAUCCAUCUUCUCGUGCACGAAGUAAGGAUGAGCCACAUGCAUAUCUCCAGGUUGAUGCUCUUGGGAGGCUCCCAUUUUCUUCCAUCCGCAGGCCUCGCCCGCUCCUUGAUGUUGAAGAAGCCUCCGAACCAAGUGAUAACACUACUGAAAAAUCUGCUUCAAAAUCUCUUGACCAAGAGCCGAUGCUGGCUGCUAGAAUCACAAUUGAAGAUGGUCUUUGCCUGCUACUGGAUGUGGAUGAUAUUGAUCGUUUGCUUCAGUUUAGUCAACAGCCAGAUGGCGGUUUGCAACUGAGAAACAGAAGACAGGCUCUUCUCGAGCAGCUGGCAGAAUCACUGCAAUUAGUUGAUCCACUUACACCCAAUAAGGAUAUACCUCUGUCGCCAAAUGACGAUCUAGUGUUUCUCCGCAUAGUAUCCCUACCAAAGGGUCGGAAACUACUUUCUCGUUACAUUGAACUUGUUACUUCAGGCAGUGAGCUUGCAAGGAUUGUUUGCAUGGCAGUCUUCCGACAUCUAAGAUCUAUAUUUGGCAAUUUGUCCUCUGAUAGCAGCAUCGAUAGGACAACUACUAAACUUGUAAGUGCCGUAUCCACCUGUGUUGUUCGGAUGGACUUGAGUGGACUCAGUGCUUGUCUUGCAGCUGUUGCGUGUUCAUCACAGCAACCACCUCUUCGGCCUCUGGGAUAUGCUGCUGGUGAUGGCGCUUCUGUCAUUAUAAAGUCUGUACUGGACAGAGCUACAGAGCUUUUUACCGAUCAUCAUGUGGCCUCUGCUUACAGCAUGCAGAACAGAGCUCUAUGGCAGGCAUCAUUUGAUGCAUUCUUCAGGCUGCUUAUGGAGUAUUGCAUGAGUAAAUUUGAUACUGUGAUUCAUACAGUACAAAUGCAACCUGCUGCAGCAGCUGUGAUAAGCAGGGAAACUCCAGUGGAGCUGUUGCGUGCCAGCCUUCCUCACACAAAUGAGCAUCAGCGCAAGCAGUUGCUCAGUUUUGCUCAGCGCAGUGUGCCUGUCAAUAACUCUAAUUCUACUGGGUCUGGUAAUGUACUGAUGACAUCUCAAUAUGUCCAGAGCUGAAUAGAAGAACGGAGCUGCUUUUCAUAAUCUAUAUAUGGAGUACUUGGUUCUUGCGAGUGAGUGGAGGAACAUAGAGAUUGCUGCCAAAGAAGGCUGGUCUUGGUAAAAAGUACAACGAAUGGUCUUCUGCCACUUGAGGAAAGCUGAAUGCAAAGAAUGGUGUGCUCGAGGGAGGAAACCUGAUAACUGAAUGUGCUAUGCCUUCAUUCCGCCAGCCGAAACUUGUUGCAUUCCUUAUUUCCGUAGCAUGAUGUGAACUUUGCUUUAGACAUGGAAGUUAGUCGUAAAUGAAUUUUUUUUGUUUUUUCUUGAUGGCUUGUGAGCUGUCUUUUUGUUGUUCUUCCAGCGCCUGAAUUGGCAGACGUUAUUACCAUAUAUGGUUUAGCAUAUCAGCGAGAUAUUUAAACAGGCUGGCAAAUUAUUA